GACGAUUUCGAAGAUUAUUCAGAUGAUUUUGAAGAAGAAACCGACACUGAUAAUGAUAAAAAUAAAAGUUCAGAUGAGGAGAAUAAUGCAAGAAAACAAAAAAAAAGUAUGGAAAAUUCCGAAGUAACAGGAAAUUCAACCAUUUCACGUAUCGGAACAUUCGAUAAGGAUACGUCAAUUGAUACAGUAAGCAAUAAAUCGUACGGCAAUUCAUUGCUAUUAAAUCGUAUGAUAAAUCGUCGACGAACUAAUGAUAAUGCCCAAUCUUUACAGGUAUUUUUCUAA